AUGCGAGAAGAACGGAUAGUUGGAUCAAAACUCAAUGACGUGCGAUUAAACUUCGAUCGUAACACGUCACUUUACGCAGUUCCGCUAACGUGUCCUGAAACGGUAUCUCUCCACGGAGAUUUUGCUGCAAUUGCACCGGUUGGUUACUGGUUCGAAACCGCCCUUGUGCCAGCCAAGUCUUUUAUUCGUCUGAUUGAAGUGAACGCUAUCUCGGCGCAUUCCAAACGAAUUGAUUGA